CCACCACAGAGAUGAAGCCUGGGUUCCUCAAGAAGAAGAACCGAGCGUUCAUGGCCAUGAUGCGCAUGCUCCAAGCGCUCAUUGGUACAGCGACCAUCGUGUCCAUGCUCCAGGCCUACGACACGUUCAAACUGGAAGACGGAGAUAUGUAUCGAUAUGCACAAACGUACCACUUUUGCGUCGUCGUCGUCGGGUACACCGCGCUGCAGUAUGGCGCGUGGUAUGUUUUAUUUGUGAGCUGCAGGCGACGAAGUGUCUUUGACGACAUCCUCGAACGAUUUCUCGACAUUAUCUUGGUCGUCACAUCGUUCGCGUGUGGGUACGUCACGAAUCUCAAGACCGGGUGCCCUGAACUCGUGGCCAAGGAAACACUCGGCCGCUGCACGAACCUUCACAUCACCAUGAUCCUGUGCUUUGCGAACGCUGUGCUGUUUUCACUUCUCCUCGUGUACAACAUGCUCGUAUCGACUCCGUCCAAUUCAUCACAUCCUGACUGCACCAUGAACCUUGUUCCUCGAGGCAACUAUGGGGGGGGCAAUGCCACGCCUGUUGCGGACAUUCCUCCCCCCCUUGCUGGAGACGCCGAUCGUUUCCACGGAAACCCGAGCGUUCCCAUGCUGAGUCCACUUUGGGAUGUCCUCAGCACAUCCCACACCAUCGAGAAGGCUCACACCAUCGACGAAGACAAAACGGCCAAUCUACUCCCGAGGGGUCAAUUCGGCCACCAAUUGAAUAUGGAGGACGUCGACAAGACGGACAAGUUGCUCCCCCGUGGCAACUUUGGGUCGAUUGCGCCGAAGGUGUAGACGACGUCGUCUCGUAAGUUAUGAUGAUUGCUGGUGGUUGAUGUGAAGCAUCUUCAGGGGCGCCCCACGCUCCAAAACAAUCUCCAUGGAUGCUGUGCAAUGUAGAAGUUCACGCAAGCUUUUUUGUCGCAUUCGGAACUCAGACGCUUCCUUCCCUUUGUGAUCAUGAGACGAUGGUCCUUGACCGAUGGGUUGGGCUCGAAUGUUGUCAUGAUCGCGUCGCGAAAGCUUCGAAUGGUUU